UCGCUCAAUCCACACCAUAGUUAGUGCAAUUUUUACCUGACGCAGGAAAGUGACGUCUAACGAGCGCGAAGUGUACGAAAAGCUGCUGGGUGUGAGGAGAGGAGUUCCAGGUGACAGGGUGGUGCUGUACCCUCUGGGUCUAUUCAUUGUAUACAGCGGGCACUGUUUAGGCGACCUGUAUAAUAAAUGGUUCCUUAGGUGGUGACAUGGCUGUCCAAGAAUUCACAGUUUUAUUUACUCACCAGAAGACAAAAAAGGCUAAAGUCUGGCAAGAUGGUAUUUUGAAGAUUUUAGCAGGGGGAAAUCAGGCUUCUUUAUGGAACGAUAAGGGUCAGCGCCUGGACAAUGUGUUUAUAAAAACUGGCAAGGUAAAUAUUGGUGAUGAUCUGGAAAGUGACCGCUAUCUGAUCACCAUUGAAGCAGAAGGUGCAAGCACUAAUACUACUGAGAGCAACACUGAACGUAAAGAUGUACCCAUGUCUAACAGAUAUGGUUUAAAGUCUGCUGGUCUGCGUCUUCCUGCUGGUUUAAAGAGGAAAUUUACAGGAUUUCAGUGUCCCCGUGAAGUAACCAAGAAGCCAUGUCUAGAGGUGGAGGAGUCAGGGAGGACAUCUCAGCUGGUACAAGGAUGUACAUCGUUGUCUUCAGAGCUCUUUACUACAUCCCCUCUCUUUGCUGCUUCAUUCACCAAGAAGGCGGACACCGUGGGAGCAGUACAGUGGCAAAACUCAUACCAUCCAGAUGACAGAUCCUACACAUGUGAAAAGCAGAGCAGUGUGACCUGUGGAAACCCACAAAUGAAUGGCAAUAAGCCCACCAGUCAUUUUUCAAGUAUUAAAAAUCAAGGACCUGAAAGAGAAAAUAUUGCUGCUAUAAAUGUACUAGAAGAUGAAAACAGAACUAAGCAAAGUUUACGAAGCACAGCACAAAUUUUGGCCCUGUUAAAGUCACAGCCAAGUAAAGAAGGAACAUUGACUAACUUAGUGGAUCAAGCACCAGUGAAACCAGACAAGGAGCUUUUAGGACCUGCAUUUGCAGGCAGUCCUCUUCUAAAACGUGAAAAUGUUUGUCAGGAACCAUCACCAGUAAAACUUCAUCCUGUAAAAAGUCGAUGGGAUGUUUACUUAGAUCAGCCCUCAGUCUCCCGCACUGAUUAUAGUGAUGACAAUGACACAUUUGUGCUGUCAGGAAGUCCAGAUGGGUUGCUGUCAGGAAGUCCAGAUGAGUUGCCCAAUAAAAACCUUGUAAAUUGCUUUCAAAACGAUAGAAUAAAACAGGAGGAUCUAAAAGGAGAAAAUGGGCGGACUUCAGAAGCUGUAAAAGCACAUAUGAAUGGUCCCAAAUUAAAUGAUUUAGAACAUGUAAGCAGGUUAUCAAACCAGGAGCUCUACAAUGCCAACAAGUACUGUAAAAACGAUUUGCAUCAGUCGGCUCUACGUCAAGUAGAGUCUCUUUCCCCGGUGCCGUGUUCUUCUCUUAACCCAGCUAAAUUAGGACUGGAUGAUGGGGGCUUAGAGAAUGAAAAUAUAAUUACAGAAGUUUCAUUUAACCUGAUGGACAGUUUUGAUUUUGCGGACUUGGAUGACGGGGAUUCAAAUGUGAACCCUCCCCUUUCACAAAACAGUUUAGGUUCAGCAGAAAACAUUGAUACGCAUCAAGAAAACUAUAUUUUACUAGGGAAAAUUCAGGAAAAACAUUCAGAGAACAAAUCAUUAUUUAAGCCUGAUACUGUCAAAUCCGUAUUAGCUGACGAUGACAAAAAAGAAAUGAAUUGCACAAUCAGCAUUCUGCCUAUAGCAGAAAGUACCACAGAUGACCUUGCUUCUUCUAUUGAACUGCCUGAAAGUGAUGUUUGUGAUCAUCACAAAGGAGAAAUUAAAAGUGAAGGAGAAAAGCUUUCAGCAUUGUUUGAGUCCAGAAGCAUGUCUGUGCUUUAUAAUAAAGAAGACAUUUCUUGUCGUCAGUUUGCAUUAAAAUCAGCUGAUGCUUUACAACAGGAAGGAUUAUCAAGUGAUGAUGACACUAGUGGCAUUUCUUUAACGCAGGAUUUUCCUAAGGGGGUCCAGUGUGAUGAAGAGGACUCACCUGGCCUUCCACAGUCUGGAAGCAGCAUUUCUGUCCUCAAAACUCUAACCAAACCUUGCAGCGCUCUUGAAAGCCUGAAUGCCAUAAAGCUGAAAUCUUUUUCUACCCCAGAGAAACGAGAUUGUGAAUCAGGAACAUGUCUGCAGAGCGGAGCGCAAGAAGUUCUUCACAGGACAAGAAACUUGGCAAUGAAGCUACCAACUUGUGAAGAUGUACCAGUUCAAUUUUUCACUGUACCAGUGUUGUCCACCUUUUCACCAGUGUAUGAAGAAGAUGAUGCACAGACAUUAUGCUUCCCUCAGUCAACCUCCCCGCCACUGAUACUGCCGGUAUGUCAGGAGGAGCAAACUAUCCUAAUGACCUCAGCCAUGAAUUCUCCCAUUAUUGCAUUGGAUGAGAAUGACUUUGAUUACAGUGGUCCUUCCCAAACUGCUAUGGCACACAUUAUGACCCCUCCUGAAAGCAAUUCUUUUUCCUCAGUGCAAUGUUCGCUUCCACAAUGGAUUGUGGGAACUCCAGGAUCUGACUGUGACUGGGAGUUUUCACAAUGGAUAGACUCUAAGGUUAAAACACCAACACAAGAACAGUCAGACAACCUAACGCGUCAAUUUUUUCUGAGACCAAGGCAAUGCGUUUCCGUGGAGAGCCCAGGAGCACAGUUAAUGGAUCGUUCAGCUUUCCUUGAGCAGCACAAUUUUGUGAACUCUGAAAAACUAUCAAAAUUACGGUCCCGGCUUCAGAUGCAAGUACCACAAAUAAUUCAACCAGAGACUGUUGUUAGUCCCAGCUUAGAUCCUAUGCAUGGUGAAUAUGACGUUCCUGAAAUUCAGAAGCAAUACAGAUCCUUAAUAAAGACGAAUUCUUACAGCUUCCAGGAAAAACAGUCUACCAUUGUAGAUGACAAAGGUCAAGGUGGAAAUUAUCUUUCCAGAUGCUUAGGCACUGGUCCUACAUUACUGGGACCACCUAAAAGUUUUCCUGAGCCAUCAAGUAAUCAGCCAAGCAAAUGGUUAAAAUAUCAGGAUGUUUCUUCGGAAAAGUCACAAAAAAAUAACUGUGAAGAGAACACUGAAUUCUGUGCACAAAGCGUCUUUAGACACCCUGAAAAAAUAGAGGGGAUCCAGAAUGAUGAUACAGAAUUAGCCCAGGAACAGCAGAAUGGUCUGUUGAAGCAAAGACCUGGCUGUCAGAAUGCUGCUGUUUCAAGGGUGGAGCGGAUCACAAAUGUUCUUACUACAGCUAGUGGUUCUGUGCCUCAUAUGAAGAGAAAGAACUUGGUUUUCCAUGACACAGGAGAUGAGCAGAUCUCGCUCCCCUGUGAUCUUGCAUUUCCACCCAAGCACAUUGUGCUGUCUGCAUUAGUUCCUAAAAGGAAAGUAAAUAUCCCAGCUGUGUUCCAGUCUUCAGCCCAUUAUAAGCAAGUUUUCAGUGCAUCUCUUACAGAACAUUUAAAUGUUAUAAUGUUUGAGCUGUCACAGAGGCUACACAAAGCUCUUUCCAAAGUGGACAUAUCCUUCUACACAUCAUCAGUGAUUGAUGAGAUAAACAGAAAGGAAACCGUUUCUCCAGUCUGCUUGCAUCAGCAACCGGCCAAGCUUGUAAUGGUCAGAAAAGAAGGCCCCAAUAAGGGUAGAUUCUUUUAUACAUGCGACUAUCCUAAAGCUGAUCAGUGUAAGUACUUCAAAUGGUUGGAUGAAGUAAAAGGCACACAUAAGGAGAAGGGAAAGAUUGAGUCCAGACUUGUACUAGGGGACAUGAAGAGCUUGUCCAAGUUCAUCAGAUGUCAGCAUAUAAACUUGUAUGAAGAAAGCCAGCUUAUCAUUAGGAAAAUAUCUGGAUAUCAAAAACGGCAGUUUGGCAAGUUUUCAAAAGUUGUCAAUGCAGAUUAUGGUGGGGAAUUAAAAACAAAACUUUAUCUUAAGCUAAACAGAAAGGAUAACUCAUCUGCAUACAAUAAAGAUGAUGUCUGGGUUGUUUCAAAGACUCUGAACUUUGAUCCAGUGGAUACUUUUAUCGCUUGCAGCGUUUUCUAUGGACCCUCUGCUAACAAUGACAUAGAAAUUUCUCCUUUGAAAGGAUACUGCCCUUCCAACUGGCCAGCAAACAUGAUUGUCCAUGCAUUGCUGGUCUGUAAUGCAAGCACAGAACUGACUUGUAUGAGAAAUAUUCAAGAGCAUUUCAACUCUUCCACUUUACCUCUAUUGCCUCAACUCCUUACAAUGUCCUCUGAAUGUGAAAAACCUAAGAUUUCAAGAGGAAAGUUCAAGCCACCAGCCAUUACUGCAAAGAUUUCUAACAAAUGUGAGAUUCCAGAUCAUAACUUUGUAAUGAGUUUAGCGAAGGAUAUGAUUAAACACUUCUUUUUAAAUGAAGACCAAGCAGCUGCUUUGAUGCAAAUUGCACUAAUGAUGUGUGGUUCUGAUGGACCCCAGAAGCAACAAAACCCCCCGAUCACUAUUAUUCAUGGAGUUUUUGGUGCUGGAAAAAGCUAUCUACUGGCUGUGGUGGUUUUGUUCUUAGUUCAACUAUUUGAAACCUAUGAUCCUUCUGAAGAACAGGGUUCAUCUCACUGGAAACUUCUUAUUUCAUCAUCCACCAAUGUUGCAGUGGAUCGAGUUCUUCUAGGGUUGCUCAAUCUAGGAUUUGAGCAGUUUAUUCGAGUUGGAAGUGUCCGGAAAAUCGCAAAGCCUAUUCUGCCUCACAGCUUGCAUGCAGGAUCUGAAAAUGAAAAUGAGCAACUAAAGGAACUUCUAGCUCUCCUGAAGGAAGAUUUAACUCCUGUAGAAAAGAUGUAUGUGAGAAAGAGUAUUGAACAGCAUAAACUGGGCACUAAUAAGACUCUGUUGGGACAGGUUCGUGUUGUUGGUGCAACAUGUGCAGCUUGUCCCUUUGCUUGUUUGAGCAACCUUAAAUUCCCAGUUGUAGUUCUUGAUGAAUGCAGUCAGAUGACAGAGCCAGCAUCCUUGCUUCCGAUUGCCAGAUUUCAAUGUGAGAAGUUGAUACUGGUUGGAGACCCAAAGCAGCUUUCUCCCACUAUCCAGGGCUCUGAAGCAGCACAUGAAGAAGGUGGAUUAGAACAAACUCUGUUUGAUCGGCUCUGCUUAAUGGGCCACCAGGCGAUUAUGCUAAGGACCCAGUAUCGCUGUCACCCUGUUAUCAGCUCUGUAGCUAAUGAGCUGUUUUAUGAAGGACAUCUUUUUAAUGGAGUGUCAGAAGAAGACUGUAAACCUCUCUUAGACUGGCUACCCACCUUGUGUUUUUAUAAUGCCAAUGGAACAGAACAGGUGGAAGGAAACAAUAGCUUCUAUAAUAUGGAGGAAGCCAACUUUACUGUGAAGCUCAUCCAAUCUCUGAUAGCUAGUGGAAUACAAAGCUCCAUGAUUGGAGUAAUUACUCUCUACAAGUCACAGAUGACUAAGAUUUGCAGUUUGCUUAGUGGCAUGUUUUACUGUGACCCACUGGAGAUGAAAGCAAUCCAGGUAUCUACGGUAGAUGCCUUCCAAGGAGCAGAAAAGGAGAUCAUUAUCUUGUCUUGUGUGCGAACAAGGCAGGUUGGAUUCAUAGACUCUGAAAAGAGAAUGAACGUGGCCCUGACAAGGGGAAAGAGACAUUUGUUAAUAGUCGGCAACUUGGCCUGCUUGAGGAAAAAUAAGUUGUGGGAGCAAGUCAUUCAUCACUGUGAAAGACAAAAUAAUGGAUUAAAACAUGUAAGUCAAUGGGAUGAAAAACUUAGUGGUAUUUUAAAACUUUACCAAGAGAAACAAGAAGAACUAUCAAAUAUGCAAACAAAGCAUCCCAAAGCAAAAGCUGGGAAGGUUAAAGCCUCUUUACCAAACUGAGGAGUUUCCAAACAGAAACAUUUCUUUCAAAUUGUUUUAAUUCCAACUGAAAUUUAAGAACUGAUUUAUCAUGUGCAAUAUUCAAGAUUAACAGAUUUUAUUAUAUUUUCUCUACCUCCUUCAUACACACAAGGCUCAAUUCACUAAUUUAAAUCAUUGUUAAUAGUCAUAAUGAGGGCACUGAUAGGUGAACAUAAGUCAAAUGAUUGAUAGUAUUGAUCAUUAUGGUAAAUAACAGAUGGUUUAUAGCAUAAUUAAUUGAGCCAGGUUCCAAUCUGUGAAAAGAAAUGUAGACUAUUAUUAGGCCAGUACAUACAAUUCUAGCUCACGUUAUAAUUUGCCUUCUGUUAUUUCAAUGCAAUUUUACUGCCACCACUCACAUCACCCACAUAGAUACUUAUUCCAUCCCAUGCUUGGUCCACCCUACUCUCCUGCAAAAAAAAGAG